UGCCUAUCGAUGUUAGCUUGACUCUCUCAUGGUUAAAAACAAACCGAUGGUCUUAUAAUAUUGUUAAAAUUUCAAGUCAAAAGCACUGCUAAAACAUAAAAUGGAGCAAACAGAAUCAACAACAGAGGAGAAGACUGGAAAGGAUGCAAUUGCAUUGAGGCGGGAACUGCGUCGCAAAAAGAUUUUAGAGGCAUCCAAAUCACGACUGGACAAACUGAAUGGCAGAGCUACAUCUAUCGAAAAGGAAACCCUAGAUGGCGACCCCAUUAUACCUGAACAAUAUUCCGACCCUGAGGUGGAACCUGACAUUCCAAUUAAGAGGAGUUUUCUGCCGGAACAACCAGCUCCUCCGCAACCAACUGGCUCCAAUAUUUUAGUUAAAAGCCGGGUGCACAUUAUUUUGGCAGCUGUUGUCGGCUUUAUACUAGCCCUUUACACAAAUAGCAGUGUUUUUGUGCCUGUCCUGCUGUUUGCGGUUCUGGAAUUUGUUUUCUUUCAAUACCAUAAAAGGGAAACACUUCCAUCAAAUUUAGGUCCCAUGCUGAUUUUGCUAAUGAAUCCAAACAUUGGCAAUAGAGUUAAGCAGUUUAACAAUAUCUUUGUUAUCCUUCAGUCCUUUUUGGGGGAUCUAGCCAUAACAGUUUGUGUUCUUUGCUUGGGCAGCAUUAUCUUAUUAGGUCUUAACCCAGAAGUUGUUACAAUAGUUAAAUAAAAACGAUUUAAAAAUUAA